AUGGAUCAAGACACUGCAUUUCCACUUUUCAAGGCACCAGCACAACACUGGAGAUUCACCUACAAGCCAUCCACGAAUAAACAAAGGAGAUCUCUGGCAGGGGAGGGAGAGGAAGAAGCGGGGGAAGGAGACGUCAGAUCCUUCCCCAGCCAGAAAGUACCGAGACAGCCAACAGAGCAGAGCUGUCCUCCGACCUCCGCGAAGAGAAUUCACUCCUGUGAUUUCCACUCCACCAAAAAAAAGGGGGGUGGGGGGGACACAGGCGGUUGCCAAUUCAAUCAUAGCAAACUCCGCAUCUGUACAGAUCGGGAUUUUAAUUCUCCAGCACUCGCUGCCAGAACUUGCCUCUUCACGCCCCGUCGUUUCACAGUUGUUUUGCUUCUGCGAAGUUUUCGAAGCCGGCCUCGACAGGAGGUUAGAAACCUGCCUCCUCCCUCUCUCCCUCGCAGCUUCCAGGCUACUGCCAGCCUCCCACCGGAACGCACCCACCCCGCCCCCGCCCCCGGGCCUCCCGAGGCCUCCAUCACCGUCCCGGAGUCUCUCUUCCCGCCUCAAACUUCCCACAGACCCGCCCCGCGCCCUCCCAGGCUCGCCCCGGCCGCCGCCCCCUCCCCCUCGCCGCCGCUCCCCACGUGCAGGGCGCCCGGGCCGCGGUGGGAUCGCUGCACCAGCCACCGGCUCGCUGCGGGGGCCUCGCAGCUCUCCCCUCGCGGCCCCGUCCGCCCCAGGCCAACCCCACGCCGAGAAGGCCCGGGAUCGGCCGCCCGGCCGCCCGGCUGCCAGUCCGCCAGGCGCGAGGAUGCGCUCCGCGGCGCCGGCCUGCGCUCGCCACUCACACGCCCCCUAAGCGCCCAGCCCGUCCGCCGCCGCCGCCGCCGGCCUUCGAAGAGCUGCUCGGCCUUCGCCCGGCGUCCGGCCGCUGGGCCGCCGCCCGGGCACCGCGCUGCCUCCGCCCUCCGCCCGGCGGGUUCCCGUCCUCCCCGCCACAUCCUGACCCGCCCGCCCGCCCGCCGCUCCCUUUCUUACCGGCUGGCGUGCAGGAUUCGCGGGGCGGAGGGAGACGACUCGGCUCGGCGGUCUCCCCCGCGCCCGGGCCCGCGGUCUCUUCAGCCGAGUGAGUCCUCAGGCUCCAGGCGUCUCGGGCACCAACGGCGAGGGCAGCAAGAGCGACAAGUAACCAGCCGUCGUCGUCGUCGCCGCGGCCACGCGCGCGCUCCCGUUCCCGCCGCUUAUCGGCUCUCAGAAGCCGCCAUGACGCCGAGAGAGCGAGAGCGCAACCGUCCCGGUCGUAGCCGUCUCCGCCGCCACAGCCACCGAGGUCGCCGUCGCCUCCGCCUCCCGCGCGACGUAAGCUCCGCGGCUCACUCCCCUUCCUCACUCAGCGCGAGGCAAGCUGGCGGGCGAGCGGGCGCGAGCACGUCGAACCCUCCGAGCGGCGCGCGGGCGGUGGGAGGGGCUACGUUGUGGAGUCGUAGGGCGUAGGAAGCAAGCGAUUGGCCCGGAGUCCGGGCGGCUUGCGAGUGCGCGCACGCGCGCGGGUGGGAGCGCGCACGCCGACUACGCGGAGGCCGCCGGACUCUGACCACGGCCGUGGGCCGCGGAUCUUGGACUAGGCGCCCUCCCCUUAGCGGCCUUGAGUUGAGUUCCGGGAAGUGGGAGCCGCAGGCUCGCUCCGUGCGGGUAUGGACGCUAUUCGGGACCGUUGCGCCAGGAUGUCGAGGCUGAGAGACUGAGAAGGAAAGAGGAAGCGGAGGGGUGGGGAGGUACAGAAGACUAUGAUGGGGUUCGGGUAGCCGCGAAAGGUUCGCGCUGGGUCAGUCAAGGGUCUGGGUCGAGCGUGGGGUCCGGUCGCCCGGGCCUCGGCCGGGGCUGAGCGCCUGUCGGGAGGCAUGGGGCCGGGGCCGGGGCCGCUGCGUCACACCAGGCAGCCUGGGAACCCAACUGUUGGGCCACUGUGGCCCCCUCCCGCCGCCCCUGCGCCUAAGCGACCUGCCACUGGGGCUCCCCCGGGGGCCUAGGGCUCCGCGUGGGCGGGGCCGCACCUGGGAUGACGGAGGAACAUAGAGACCGAGUUGUUGACAUCCGGUGCCGCUUCUUGAUUUCAUUUUGGGGGCAGUCGAGCCCGGCUCAGGAAAAAACAAACAAAAAAAGGACAACUUUUACAGCCUUUCUAGGUUCCUUCCCUGGAAGGCGGGGUGGAGGGUGCGGUUCAGAAUCGCAACAAAAAAAAGCAAUUUGUAGGACAUUAGUAACUGUCUCAGCUGAAGGUGCUGUAAUUUAGUUGACCGUUUCUUUCAUAACUGUAACCGCGGGCCUCGGAUACAAUCCUUUAAGUGAGUCGUAGGGAACUUUGCAAGCACGGCGGUGCCCUGAUUCACUCUUAGAAAAAAAAUUUUUUUAAAUAAAAAAUAGUUUACACUUCAUUAGUUUUCUGCUCCACAUCGAUCUUGAAUCACUCAAAGUUAAUAAUUUUUGAAACUUUCUAAUCCCAUUCUUCAGUUAUUUGAUUGGAUGUAAAGUCCAUGCGUUUGAAUGUAAUGACUGCAUUUCCAAAGUAAUUCGUUGUGUGGGACAUAGUCAACUUUUAUAAACAGUUUGGUUCAAGGCCUUUAAAAAGAUCUCAAAACGUAUGUGUUCUGUGUAUGGAAGGAUACCUUCAUCUGCACCCUUGGGGCGUAGGGAAAGGCAAAAAGGUACACAUGGUCUACCCGAAAAAAAAUGUAUGUCUGAUCAAUAAAUAGUGAAACAAAAUGGAACACUACUGUACUUUGUAAAAUUAUCCGCGUUCAGCCUCUUGUUUUAUUCCUUACCCCCUAGUUAUCAAAUAGCUAUAAUGCUGAGUUGUGAGGAAUAACUCCAUCUCUCAAGUAGCUGAGUGCUAAUUUUUAAUAUGUUUUUAAAAUGUGAUAAAGGUGACUUAAUGAUAGGAACUUUCUGUGCUUCCUAAUGAUUUCUUUCUUGGAUUACUAGAGUGGUAAGUAAAAAAAAACACGAAA